AUGAGACCACCGUCUGUCCUCAAUGUACACUCGCCAACGUCGUCGUUCGCGAUUCUUCAUUCACUGAUAGAAGAAUCUAUUGACGACCUCUACAAUAAGCUUAGCCGCAAAGUCUACACUGAUUAUCGCGGCGAACGGGUCGGACCAGGAUGGCUCAAGUACGAAUACAACGAUUCUGUAUGGAACCUUGACGAUGAAUCCGAUUAUGCUAUCUUUACCUGGAGACAACGAGAGACUGGGAAUACUGCUCCAAUCGACAAUCGCGACGACCACAGUCACCAUCGAGAGCCAGUAGCGUCGACAUCUCGAGUGACGUUACAAGACAGCGACUCCAACACACUGCACGAAGCAUCUACCCCUGUUUUGCACCUUCACAAUCCCGCCAUCCCACUACCAGACCGUAACUCGUACUGCAAUCCUUCGUACUACGUCUUCCAGCCCUCUCGAGCGCACCACUGCCAUCCUCCUCCGCCAAGUGGCCAUGGCAGCAUCAGCCGUACCCCAUCGCGCACCUCCAAGAAGAGCAGAAGGACAGUUGGAAGUGGCAUUGUAGAUGCGGACGACGGGAUACCAAAUUUGCGCAAGGAAUUCGAAAAGUUCCACUCGGAGAAUGGAGUGAGGACUGUUAUGGGCAGUAUUGGGCCGGUGGAAAAUGUACGGAUGCUCCUGAAAUCAGGACACAGGCAUGUCUACAUGUCGCGCAAGUUCGCAGUGAAGCAUGGCUUCGUACCGAAAGACUCUACCCCCGGCAACCAUGGAUAUGUGGGCUUACUCUCUAUAGGGGAAUGGCCCAUUACGCUCGUUCCCUCAGCCUCUUCACCCCAACCCAUGAUCCCGUACACCGCUUUACCUGAUCGCCCUUUCCCGGAUUCAGCUUCUCAACUAGGGGGACCUCACUACUCGAGCCAGCACCAUAAUCGAGCACAUAGCAUAAAGAGCACGGUUACCUCCCGAACGAAGAAUCCCCGAAGCUACGAACAUACCGCACCGAAGAACGGAUUGACUCCCGUCAUGGUACAAGUAUACCUCUCCGAGGAACCGCACUUCGAUGUUGUAUUGGGCAGGUCGUUUUUCGAGAAACGGCAAGUAAAAGUUAACGCAGCAGACCCUACGGACGUUUGGUGCCUUGACACAGGGGAAAAGAUUGAAUGCGAGCUUGUCAUACUGAAAGACGGCAGAGGGGAGAUUGUCACUGUGACUUAG